AUGAGCGGGGAAAGUGAAAAGGAUGCUGCGUUGAGCCGCACGACGGAUGGCGUCCCGGUGUGGAACGGAGAAGCGGGGAGCUUCUCAGCAUAUGAGGAAGCAGCAAUGCUCUGGGAAUCUGGCAUUGAGUACCGGAAGCGCUACACCGCAGCCCCUCGGCUGAUGGCGGAAUUGACUGGAGCAGCCAAGCGACUCGUCGCGGGAAAACCCGCAGAGGAAGUGGCGUGUGCAGGAGGUGUCCGCCAGGUUCUUGACUACUUGCGGAAGUCGCUGGGGAAGCCGAAGGUCAAUGAAGUCACCGACCUCCUCGGGAAGUACUUCAAAGGGACCCGUCGCAGGACGGGUGAAUCGAUGAAUGAUUACGUGACGCGGAAAAGUGAAGCCUUUCUUCGGGUUAGCCAGGCCCUCCGACGAGUGCAGCCGCACUACAGGAAGGCCAAGAUGGAAACCUACGGCGGGAACAACUACAUGACUCCUUACCGAUGGAGCCGCCGAUCGAGUGACGCCAGUGGCUUUUGGGGAUCUGGAGGCUGGGGCCGCCAGACUACCACCCCGGAGGAGGGUGACGAUCACACCGGAGAAGGCCGCGCUGAUGAUGAAGUACCUGAGGAAGAAGAUUCCGGGACUACGACAUCGUGGGGUUGGGGUUCUACCUACGGAAGUUCCUGGGGUUCUCAGUGGCAGGGCCCUGACUGGUAUGGUUCCUCAUGGUACCAAGGAACAUGGCCCUCGUACGGAUGGUCCUCGACGAGCGCCUCCGAGGGCACCUCCACAUGGGAAUCCCUCGACCAGUUGGAGGACAACUCCUUGCUUCCGGGGUUCAUCCAGGGAUGGUACCUCUUGAUGGACGCGGCGCUCGACAGCAACGAGCGCAACCUGGUGAUGACUGCGCUGAGGGGCGAUUUCUCCCCGGCGCGUGUGGCACAGGAGCUACGAAACCAGUUUCCUGAAGGUGAGCUUCGAAAGCGGGACACCAGUCGCCGCUCACAUGCUUUCGUCAGCAUUGCCGAGGAGGAGCCGAACUAUGAUGAAGACUAUGAGUGGGGUGACGAAGCCUACGGAGGUUGGGAUGACUGCCCAGAAGAGGCGGCCUUGAUCGUGGAGGCGGAGUCGGAGGCCCAGGAGGCCUUUGCUGCGUACCAACAGGCACGCCGCACCCUCAAGGACGCGAGGAUGAGGCAGCAUUGCAACAAGAUGAAUCGGCAAUACUACAGAGGAUCCUCUUCGGCCUCCUCCGGAACCUCCCGACCCUCUUCGACGUUUGGGCAACGAGCUUCGGGAGAUGAACACAUGGAGUGCCUACGCUGUGGGCGCAAGGGCCACCGCGCGGCUAACUGCCCCGAGAAGCCCCUGGCAGCUCAGGCCACGGCGGAACCUACUUCGACCACAGCUACGGAACAGGUCUCCUUUGUGUUCUUCGCGGAGUCCGAGCAGCCCAGCGAGAGCGCCUUGGCAGCGCUUCCCACGACGGCCCAAGCCGUCGAUGCCGGAAUGGCUGUGGUGGACGGAGGCGCCACGAAGACGAUCGGCAGUGUGGCGGCGAUCGAAGCAUUGCUAAAGAAGAAUGUGCAGAAGUACGGCGAGACCCGCCUGCGAGCAUUGGAUACCGAGGACCAGCCGGUGUUUGGAUUUGGCAAUUCGACAGAAAAUCGUUGCCUGAGCACCUGUCAAGUGGGUGUCACGGCGAGUGGACUCCCCGGCAGCAUGCAAAUCCAUUCAUUGGAAUCCGGAAAUGGUCCGAUCCUCCUGAGUGUGGAUGCGCUCAGGUCCCUGGGAGCUGUGGUGGACUUUGAGCACGACCUGAUGGUGCUGACUAAAUUGGACCGGACCAAGAUCAUCCCCCUCCACCGCUCCGCGACGGGACAUCAGCUCCUUUCCCUCACGGAGGACUUGUUCAGCAAUGCUCUCGUUUCGGCGAUCCCCGGUUGCUGCCGGAGCACACCUCUCGCGUACCUGCACAUGCCGGACCUGAUUGCAGCAUUCCCGGCUCAGGUGCUCUUGUUUGUACGGCCCAGCGUGUACCUCCCGAGGCACAUCAUGGACCGUUUGACUCGCGACGAGCUGACCUUGCAUCUUCGCUCUUUGGGCGAGACGGCUCCAGAGGGGUGGACUCGAAUGGAGAUCCGCCAGCGCAUCACGGAGAUUGCGGAGGCGAACCCUUCGCUGGCAGCAACACCGUCUUCCAAGACGGACCUCGAGGCUAUGAUGGUGAAGCUCAACCGUGUGAGCCGAAAGAAAAGCGAGCUCCAAAAGUUCUGUCUGGACGAGCUUCGCAUCAAGUACAACGACAACGACACCAUCGCCCAACUCCAGAAGAAGGCGACGGCGGUGAUCCUCGACAUCACGGAGCCGCAAGCGGGCGACUUUCUAGGGUUUGGGAAGUACUCCGACAAGACGUACUCGGAAGUGUACCAUCUCGACAGCCAGUAUUGCCAAUGGGUCAGCACGACAGCGCGCGAGGGCGACUGUUGCGCCCGCCUGGCCCGCUUCGACAAGUGGCUGUUGAAGACCCGGCAAGCGGAUGCUCCAGCGGUCCCGUUGGUAAACCGCCCCAAAGCCAAGAGCGGAAAGAAUGUUCCGAAGAUCUCCACCCCCGAGGACAUCGGCGGGUACACUUCUGUGGCGACUACGUCGGCGCAGGGAAGUACGCCUCUUGCUGCCGAUCCACGGGAUGCUCUCAUGUUGCAGAUGGCCGACACCCUCAAGAAUCUCCAAGAGGAAGUGUCGCAGAUGCGCGAAGACGAACCAGAUGCUGGCGAUGGAGGUCAGUGUCAGAUGUCUUCGGUGGCGGAGCUGCAAUAUGAGAUGAACUUGCAUGUUUCAGUGGUGAAGGGCUGUAGCGUUGGUUUGAAGGAACGAAGUAAGCCCCCUCCGAGAGCCCAAGCCACGUUAGAACCUUUGCCCCCGAAGUUCUGUACGAUCAGUGCGGAUGUCGGUCACUGGGAACACCCUCACAAUAAAGAGCCAGUGCAGUUCAUGUUGAUCAUUGAUGAGGGCUCAAGAUACCGAGUGGCGCGAGUUUUGUCCCGAGGCUCGAAACAGCAACCCACGGCCAAUGCUUGCAUUCAGUACCUACAGGAAGGAUGGCACCAGUACUUUGGCCACCCUCGAGCCGUCCGAGUUGACGCAGCUGGUGCGUUCAGGAGCUUUGCUUUGAUUGAUCAGUACUGUGAUAAGCAUGGCGUGUAUCUAGACAUCAUUCCGGGAGAAGCCCAUUGGAAGAAUGGGGUCUGUGAGCAGGCAAUCCAGGGAGUGAAAGAAGUGAUGACACGACUCUGCCAAUACGACGCAGACCUGACGACGGAAGCGGCCCUUGCAGAAGCCGUGAGGGUGUUCAAUCAUCGAGACAUGAUUCGUGGAUUCUCGCCGGCCCAACAUGUUAUUGGGCGCGGGACCGACGAUACCGAUCGCUUUGUGGAGGCUGGCGAAGGCCUCCCACCGGGGCUUCUGGUGGAGCAUCCAACGGGCGAGUUUGCGCGAGCCGCUCAGCGCCGAGCGGAGGCCGAGAAACUACACGCUGACUGGAACGCCAAUCAGCAGAUCAAACGGGCUCAGAAUUCCAGGCAUAGACCAUGCUACAACUAUCUUCCGGGGGAGCUGGUGUUCUUCUGGAGAAGUCAAGAGUCGGGGCGUGGCCGCCGACAACCUGGAACUCGCCAAGGAAGGUUUUUGGGACCCGCUCGCAUACUGGCUACUGAAACGAGGAAAUCUACGAAUGGCGAGCUCGCUCCUGGAGGUGCGGUGUGGCUUGUGCGAGGUAGGGCUUUGAUUAAGUGUGCUCCUGAACAACUCCGUCGAGCGACAGAGCGUGAGGAGAUUCUGGAAGGUUUGUCAGCCCAGAAUGGCCAAGCGACACCAUGGACCUUCACCCAAGUGGCCUCGUCCAUUGGCGGGAAUCAGUUCCAGGAUGCAACGAGUGACGUUCCAAACCUGGAAGAGUGGCGAGCGGCCCAAGAUCCUACAGAGGCCGCGCAGCCGUCGCGCUUGAGAGUGCGAGGCAAACGUUCCGCCCAGCAACUGGCCGACACCGACCAGGUGGGAGACCUACAGAUGGACGCCGAUGAGAACAAGGAGGCGCCGAUCCGACGUCCCCGACAAGAUGGCUCGAGCCUACAAGCAGAGGCUCGAGGUGAGUGCUGGUGGACCACUGUUCCAGAGGAUGCCUGGCCGACCCAGGAGAACGAUCUCUGGAAAGAUCCCUUGACCGCGGUGCAAGUGGAGGUCCCCCUUCCCGAUACGAAUCGGGGUGUCCAGAAGCUGGUUCGGAACUUCGAAGGUUAUUUUGUGGGCCACAUGAAGCGAAAGGCAGUUGAGGUGUCCGAGCGGCGCUUGACUCCAGCAGAGCUACAGGAAUUCCGAGCGGCAAAGCAAGUGGAAGUAAAGAAUUUUCUGUCUGCAGAUGCAUUUCAAGCCCUGCCAGCACACCUGCAACCUUCCAAAGAACAAGCAGUCGGAAUGAGAUGGGUGCUUACGUGGAAGCUGAAGGAUGAUGGUACGAGAAAAGCAAAAGCUCGAGCUGUAUUGCUCGGGUACCAAGACCCGUGCUAUGAGCAUCGAAGUACCACGGCCAUGGGAAUUUCGGAAAACAGCGUGACACGCAUCAAGCGAGCCUGCUACGGUCUAGUGGAUGCGCCCUUGGAGUGGUACCGUACUGUCGAUACCUUUCUCCGUAGCAUCGGACUUGAACGAUCCAGUUCUGACUCUUGUGUGUGGUGUUACCGCCGUGACGGAAUCCUCAAGGGACUGAUUUCAGGGCAUGUCGAUGAUUUCAUUUUUGGUGGUGAUGAAGAUGAUGCAGGGUGGCGAGAUGUCCUUGAUCAAAUCCAGAAACAAUUCAAGUGGGGAGACUGGGAGGUGGAUAAAUUCACUCAGUGUGGCGUCCUCAUUGAAACUACUGAACGAGGGUUCGAACUCUCCCAGCCCUCUUACCUGGAAGGACUAAGUGAGAUCUCCGUGAAUGCUACACGUCGAAAGGACAGAUCAGCUGGAACGACAGACAGAGAGCGCACCCUUCUGAGAGCACUCUUGGGAGGAUUGAGCUGGCAUGCGCAACAAGUGGCGCCACACUUGAGCGCCGACGUAAGUCUGCUUCUUUCCGAGGUGGGACGCAGCACCGUCGACACUAUCAUCCGAGCAAACAUGCUCUUGUCGCAUACUAAGGCGAGGAAGGAGCACAAGCUGAUCAUCCACAAGCAUGCUCCCGAUGCAGAGCUGGUUCUUGUGGCCUGGGUCGACGCCGCAGCUCAAAGUCGAGUGGAUGGUGGCAGCACUCAGGGAAUCGUCAUAGGCAUCGCACCACAACAACUCUUACAGGGUGAAGUUUGUGACAUCUCGCUUAUGUCGUGGCACUCCUCAAAGAUUGACCGAUGUUGCCGUAGCCCAGGUGCUUCAGAAGCUUUGGCGGCGAUCAACGGUGAGGACAACUUGUACUACGCCCGCUACCAAUGGUCUGAGCUCCUCUAUGGCAACCAAGAUAUUCGUAAACCUGACAUUACGGUUACCAGAACUCCGGGAUGUUUAGUGACGGAUAGUAGGAAUGUGUACGAUAAGAUGUCUCAGGAAGUGAUUGUGGUGAAAGGCGCAGAAAAGCGUACGAGUAUCGAGCUUCUCGGCCUGAAGGAAGCCCAGCGCCGGACGAAUGUCAUCAUACGGUGGGUGCACUCGGAAGCUCAACUAGCCAAUAGCCUAACCAAGGCGAACGGGCUCAAGGAGUUGGAGAUGUUCUACCGGAUGUCUCAAAAGUGGCGAAUCGUCGAAGACGAGAAUAUGAUGUCUGCUCGUCGUCGUCGUGAGUUGGGACUACGGCCGCUUUCGCAGUCUGAGGGUGUGGAAAAUUCUUUAAUGGAUGAGAAGCCUUCUUGA